CAAAAAAUUGAAACACACGACCAAACGCGAAACGCGAAGCCAGAUCUCGCCGCGGCUGUGACAGCCACCGUUACAAUCCAUCGGAGCAGCCGAGGCAAGGGAGACGGCGACGACGACCAUGCUGCCGACGACGGCGUCCAAGGGGCGCGGGGCCGCCCGCUCCGCACCGCCGCUCUUCGGCCCCUACCUACGCCGCAUCGUCAAGUGGCAACAAAUGGAUAUCGAAUACACAUUUUGGCAAAUGGUUCAUCUUUGUACUUCACCAAAAGUAGUCUAUCAACACACCAAAUAUCACAAGCAAACUAAGAACCAAUGGGCUCGGGAUGAUCCUGCAUUUGUUGUCAUUCUAAUUCUUUUCCUUGUGUUUGCAACUUCAGCUUACUGUGCAGCGUAUGGAGAGAGUGCCUCACGUGCUGCUCUAACAAUCACUUCGGUUGUGCUUAUCCAUUUCUUGUUUGCUGGUAUAGUUUUGGCCACACUUUGUUGGUUUCUUACAAAUUAUUACUUGAGAGAGGAGCGUAACAGCCAUGUCGUUGAGCAACGUGUCGAGUGGCUCUAUGCAUUUGAUGUUCACUGUAACUCGUUCUUUCCUGCAUUUGUCAUCCUAUAUGUGCUUCAAUAUUUUCUAUCGCCACUAUUGGUCGUGCAUGGCUUCUGUCCAGCUCUGUUGUCAAACCUACUUUUCGUGGUGGCAAUUUCUUAUUACCACUACCUGAACUUUCUAGGAUACGAUGUUCUUCCAUUUUUGGACAGAACAACAUUUUUCCUGUACCCAAUUGGUCUUGUCAUCAUCUUGUCUCCACUCAUGAUACUGAUAGGGUUCAAUCCGACAAGAUACUUUUUAAGCUUGUACUUUGGUUAAUGUGGAGGACUAUAAUGUCAAGUACGAGAAAACUAUAAUUAUAGAACUAAUGGCGGAGUUGGAUACAUAUAUUCUGAGGUAGCUUUUUAGAUGUGUGGUGUGAAUUCGAAGGGAACGAGGUUCAGAACAGCUCGGACCAUUCUUUGGAUGUAUCAAGUGCCUGCGGGAGGCCACCCAUAGAAGAGCCUUUGGACUCGAUCUCUCUUUUUUGAUGUAAACUUGUUCAUAAUAUGAGCUGCUUUCGUUCA